GCAAGACUGAAGGGGAGGAGCCGGUACACCUGUGCAAGACUGAAGGGGAGGAGCCGGUACACCUGUGCAAGACUGAAGGGGAGGAGCCGGUACACCUGUGCAAGACUGAAGGGGAGGAGCCGGUACACCUGUGCAAGACUGAAGGGGAGGAGCCGCAAGACUGAAGGGGAGGAGCCGGUACACCUGUGCAAGACUGAAGGGGAGGAGCCGGUACACUUAAGCAAGACUGAAGGGGAGGAGCCGGUACACCUGAGCAAGACUGAAGGGGAGGAGCCGGUACACUUGAGCAAGACUGAAGGGGAGGAGCCGGUACACCUGAGCAAGACUGAAGGG